UGCGCAGCUGCACCUGGCGAGCACCCAUCUGCAUCACCUGGGCCCGCCGCACCGCACCGCCGAGCCAGUCCUCGCCCCUCGACCUUUCCCCCACCUCCACUCUCCCACCUCUUCGCUCUCGGCUACGUCUACCGUUCGCCCUCGCCCACCUGUCGACCCGCAAGAACCCGCACUACCUCCAUCUAGCAUGUCUGCACCGCCUGACCUCAAGUCGCUCAACGCGGCGACCAUGUACGACCUCUCGGGCGUCGUCGCUGUCGUCACCGGUGGCUCAUCUGGAAUCGGCCUCAUGAUGGCCUCGACUUUGCUCGCCAACCACGCUCGCGUCUACAUUGUCGACCUCGACGAGCGCAAGACGCAGGACAUUGCGGCCCGCUAUUCGCGGCUCGCCUCGGAGAGUGGCUCUCGCGGCAAGAUGGUCGGUAUCCAGGGCGACUGUGGCUCCAAAGCCGGCGCCGAGCGCAUCGUCGCCGCCCUCGCCGACAAGGAGGACUACGUGACCUGCCUCUUCAACAACGCCGGCGUCAUGGGCGACAAGGUCGACGCGCCCAAGGAGGCGACAGCCGAGGCGUUCAAGGAAGCCUACUUCAAGCUCGCCGACGACAGCUUCCAGAGCACCCUCGCCGUCAACUCCUUCGGCCCUUACUUCCUCUCGAUCGCGUUCCUCCCGCUCUUGUGCGCCUCGAAGAGCAAGGCGCCGUACGGCGACCGCUUCCAGCCGCAGAUCAUCAACACGUCGUCCAUGAACGGCUGGACCAAGGACCCGGCGACCGGCGGGUCGGGCUACCCUUACCUUCUUUCCAAAGCCGCCAUCGCCCACAUGACGUCGCUCCUCGCAUACGACCUGAUCCCGCUCGGCGUGCGCGUCAACCAGAUCGCGCCUGGGUGGGUCGUGACGGGCAUGAGCGCGCCGGGCACCGUCGACGAGUGGGGCGUGUCGAGCAAGCAAGGCAUGUCGUCGGACGAGUUUGGCUUCAAGACGCCGGUCGGCGGCAGCGGCUCGGCAAAGGACUUUGGUUCGACCGCGCUCAACCUCGUCGUCAACCGCUUCAUCAACGGCGAGUCGAUCCUCGUCGACGGCGGCACGCUCCUCGUGCACCCGAGCAAGUACUAGCGAGUCCUCUCUCUGAUUCCUCUCGGCGAGCGAGCGAACGAGGACUGUGUAGACGAGACUGAGAAAGUGCGAGUUUGCUGUGCGUGUUGCAGAGGCAAGAGUGCUCAAAAGAGCGAGAGAGGGACAGUGUGUGCGAGAGAGCGCAGAGACG